AUGGUACCUAUGAAGUCCAUGGCAAUGCCCAGCGAACUGCUGUGUGAAACUGUUGAGUGGCAGCCAAGGAACAAGGAAGAAGGGGGCAGGGCAAAGAAUGGAGAGGAUGAGACGGGGGACUGCUACAGCAUCACCUCAGUGAUCCCUUCUCCAGCCGAAAACAUGCAGCAGCCGAAAUCAGGAGACCAGCCUGAGGAGGAGUUGGUUUUGCAGAGCCCGCUGGUGUCCCCUCACACCGAGGACAGUCUGAGUAACGCGGGCCACCGUGUUUCCCCCCUGGAGUCCAUCAGAGAGCUAGACGAGGUGGACGAACAGGGCUCCGACCUACACAGGAGCCCGGGGGACGGGGCGGUGAAGGUCAGAGAGCAGGUAGCUGGUACCGGGUCCCUGCCGAGCUCUGUGGAGAGGAACAGUGGGAUGGGGGACAGUUCAGGUGACAGAAGUUCCCUGUCUGGUGCCGGAUUAGUGCCGACCUUCAAAUCCGCGGUCACGCGUGUGCAGAGAGCAAAGCUAGAUGGCGAAAUGGCAGAUCUUUUAAAGCACCCACAGGGAACUUCCCAUGACAACCUUCUCCAGGUCGAAUCCCUAAAUAUGCAACCUGAGGAGAAAAGCGAGGAAAACAGUUCCUGCAGUGGGAGCAGAGUCUGUCGUAAAGAGAAAGGGCAUGAUUCCGUAACAGAAUUCUCCCAGCCUGAAAAAGGGGCCCGAAGUGAGGAGUCCCUGGACAAAGACCUGGAGACUUCGGCCACUUCACUGCAGGAGCUACAGGACCUCAAACUACACCAUCAGUCACACCAGGAAGAAAUAAAUCAUCUGUGCACUGAACUGAGGGACUCUAAGGAGAGGAUCAGAGAGCUCGAGAGUAUACUCAGCACAGAGGGGAAGAAAGGUGAGAACCAAGCCCAUGAAAUCCCAGAGCUGGAGUCAGAGAUGUCCAACAGUUCUCUCAUUGCUGUCCUGACUGAGUGCCAGUCCAAAAUAGAGCAGCUGGAAGAAAUCAAACACUCCUCACUUAAGUUUACAGUCCAGCUCCAGGCAGCGCAGGGUCUGGCAGCGUCUCUGCAGAGGAGGGUGCUCUGUUUGGAGAAUGAGCGCACACUGAAGCAGCAGCAGGUGCUGGAGCUGACCAAGGAGCUUGAGGCCACCAGGAGAGCGCUGCAGGAGAAGAGCGCAGAGGUGGCCUGCCUCACAGCGCAGCUCCAUGUCCUGCAGCAACUGAGGGAGAAGACCCGGGAGAGUGGGGCUUGUUCAUCGGAUGUCCUCGCAAAUGGACACACCACCGUGGAACAGCACAGGCAGCCCAGGCAGUACUCUAAUGACUCAAAGGUGUGCACACUGCUAUGAUUGCAGGCCAAGGGGGAAUAGUACCAAAAUGAAUAGACCUAUGGUACUUUGUGAGUAGAUUGAAGGACAAAGCAAGACAAGUAUUCAACCGACCUGUCUGUAACCUAGAAUUAUAUGGUUAUUGUUUCUGAAAAUGUAGAACUGGAAGAACCAAGUUCAUUAACAUUUCAUAACAUGAUUUGGAACAAGUAAUUAUGUUAGACAAAAAUUUGAAUGUAUUGUUCAUAUCACUCAAACGGUGAAAUGUUUUGUUCUUCAUAAAAGAUUGACCAGGGGAUAAACGAACAUAUUUUUCUAUCCAGGAGCUGGGUCAAACCCUGAAUUCAAUGUGAAAUAACUUAAUUAAAGCACUUGUCAAGCGUGAAAGCGUUUGUAAAAACGGAAAACAUGCGUUUUACAGUGAUAUCGUUUAUAAGUAAUCGAGGAAAUAUAGUAACUGUACGGUUGUAUUUACUGUGCGAAAAAUAUAUUUAGUCUACACAUUGCAAUUACAUCGAACAGUUGUUCAAAGUUCAGUGAGUGAACAGAUGAACAAAAUAGUACGCAUAGCUAUAUGAUUUUAUUAAAUCAUUAAAUAUAUAAUUUUAAUAUGUCGAGUUUAUAGUCUGAAAAUGCAUAAAGCAUUCAUUCAGUUCUGAUGGUAUGAAUAAAAAUAUCGUCCUUUCUUGAUCGCUGCCUAUUGCAGCUCCAGUUUUGCUAGGUCUGUUUUGUCCAUAAUCACAUAAUGGGAGGAGGGGUGCUAUUUAAUCGACGAUGACGCGCCUAAAAUUUUUUAUUGCAGAUAAGUCAUUUUGUUCUUUUUCGUCAAAAAUGAAAACCAUUCCUCAAUACAGCAGUUCGAGUGACCAUGAAAAGCGGUGAUUCAGUCCCUCAAUUCUAGUUCGAACCGGUUUUCCGAGACUCAGACAUGCGCGCACAUUGUUUACCUGCAGGCGCUUGUAUUUAUGGGAACGAGCAUCCCCUCGAACUUCAAAGAGGUCCUGGAAAAUCAGUUUCAGCUCCCAAUGUGGUGAUAACAAAUGCCAUUAUCUCGAGUGCAUGUUCAUUAGGCGCGUUUCGCUUUCCCUUUAUUUAAUUUGACCCUGACCAAGUCCUUGAAUUAGGCAUCCUGUUGUUUGUUAGCAGUUCCGUAUGAAGAUCGACGUUGUGAAGUGCAUUGCCGCAUUAUUCUCGAAGGACAGGUUAUAUGAAUGUUGCAGUGUAAUAAAUAGAUGUCUGGCGUGCUUUCGCGGCAAUGAGCCCCACUGUCGGCUACUGUCGGUUGUCGUACAACUCAUUUUUAUUGAAUUAGAAUUUAACAAGGACAAGUGUUUAUUUGGAAUUUUUAUAUUAGUGUUGCUAUUGUGUAAAUACAGAAUGACUACACAUCUAAUAUGGGUACGGUGACAUACUUUAUUCCUUUACUCCUUUUUUCAUUUUUUAUUUUGUGUUUAGAUUAUGGAGAACAUUGUGUAAGCUAUUCAGACAACAGACUUGCUAGCUUUGUGUACAAGUUGAGUGUUUCCACAUCACAAUUUUGAAAGCAGACCUGACUGCACAUGCUGUGGACACAGUGGCUUGUGCUCAUUUUAGUAGAGCUGCAUUUCUGUCCUCCCUCAUUAAACUUGUAGAGUGAAACCUUAGGAUACUUUGAGGGGGGUGGAUACCUGCUCUUGGUUUGACGUGAAAGUAUUGUCUUGGCAGACCCAGUCAGCGCAUUGGUCAUGCACAUUUCAGCACUUUCUCUUCUGCACUAAGCUCACAGCAAAGUAGCCCUAUCACUGUAAGCAGUGUGUGAAUAAAUUAUUAAUUACAGCAGAAAUACAAUGUAGGUCAAGGGGGUAGGUAAUCAACUUACUCUAAGGUUGGGUUCACCCCUUCCCAACAACACAAUCAAAUUCAAUAAAGAAAGUUACAUACAUUUUGUGAUUCGUUGUUAGCCUACAACGAUCGAUAAACAUUUUAUGAUCUGACAGUGAAUCUCCUGUCAGCACUGGCUUUGUGCUAACAUUCUUAUAGGAUUAUUUUUGGAAAUCAUUGCUAGAUAAGCAUGUAGAUCAGUUAAUAUAAAAAUAUGCAUUUGUGUAAAUUGUUUAUGUAUAAAGGAGCAAUUCUGUCACAGGAUAACCAAAUUUAUUAUUGUUAUUUUUUAAAUAGCAGAGAUUACAUCAAUACUUUGAACUACCUGCAAAUAACAAAUUACUGGUACCGCCAUCAAUUUUGUUUGACAGCCAUGGUUUAAAUAACUGUAAUGACACACACACACAUACCAAAACAAUUAAAACCUUACACUACCUGCUUAUUUGCUUGUCAGAUGGCCUUUGAGCAAUGUGAAAGGAUAUUUCUGCUUUUAAUAAUUUGUGUCUAAUUCAACCUUGGUUUAACGUCUACCCAGUUCUGAUUUUUGUAAUGUUUAACAGAAUGUUCUGGGCUGUAUAUGCAUGUGAUAGACCAGAGUCUACUGGGUCAACACAUGGCUUGUAUUCCCAUGUUCUUUUUCUUGAUAACAAAUCACACACAUCUUUUGGCCAUUUAGUUGUUUAAGACAAUCAAUGGGUUGAAUCAGGUGAAAAAGUAUGACACUAUAGCUACCCCAGGGUUUACUCAGUUACUGAAAAAUAUAGCCUGAUUGCAACUAAUACUGCAGGAAUCUCGUCCAUUUUACACGUGUGCAUCUCUGUUUGCUGUUAUAAUCCAAUACCAUGCACAUGAAGUAAGAGCCAUGUUUAAACUGAAGAGAUCCUCAGUGCAGCAGAGUGGUUUACUGACGCUGAGUGCCUGCUGUGUGGAUUGGGUUUCUGUGCUGAAUAACUGGAAUUAGAAUCCUGGCUACGCUUCAGAACCAUGCUGUCAGCAGAUAUAGAGAGGGACAGCUAGCUGGGCAGCCCUUGACAAUGGACUUGUCAUCCCGCCACA